AUGAGGCUCUCGGCGAGUAUAGUCCUGAUUUCCCUGCUGGACUGGUGCUGCUGCUACAGGAUCCUGGUGGUGUUCCCUCUGCCGGGGGGCAGGAGCCACAGCAUCCUCGGGGAGGGGGUCGUGCGCCAUCUUCUGGCCGCCGGACACGAUGUGACAUACAUCACAGGGGUACCUUCGAAACUAUCAGAAUCAGAUCCCAAGCUAAGGCAGAUUGACGUCUCAGCUAACAUGCGGAUUUUUAAACCGGAAGAUCUUUGCGACAUUGACAAGAUCCUGAGCCAGGGGAAAGAGAUUGUGUACGAUCAAUCCACAGCUCGGCAGCAGCUAAUGGUGACCAACUAUACGGCCACGCAUGAAGACGUGCAGCAGUUGAUGCUAGACCCGAAGGAAGAGUUCGACUUGGUCGUAAUUGAGUGGCUGUUCAACGAGUUCUUAGUCGGUUUGUCUACGGUGUUUAACUGCCCUUUCAUCUGGCUGUCCUCGCUGGAGCCCCACGGGCUGGUGUUGUCCCUGAUAGACGAGUGGACGGAUCCGUCUUACGUGCCGGACGUCCACUCCAGGGCCAUUCCGCCGUUUACGUUUGCACAGAGGAUUAGGGAGCUAUGGUCGAUCGUCAGGCACAAAUAUAUCAGAUGGCAGUUCAUAUCUGAAGAACAAGUACUAUUUGAGCAGGCGUACGGCCCCGCGGUCGCCAUGCGAGGCCGGCAGCUGCCUCUAUUAGAGGACGUGAAAUACAACGCAUCCCUGAUACUGGGAAACUCACAUGUGGCUAUCGGGCAAUCCACCAAGCUACCGCCGAGUUAUGUACCGAUAGCUGGAUACCAUAUUCAUCAGGAUAAACCUUUACCUGAAAAUUUGCAAAAGGUCAUGGAUGACGCCAAAGAUGGGGUAAUUUACUUCAGUAUGGGGUCCAUGUUGCAAGCCAAGCGCAUGCCAGAGACGCUGAAGCAGGGUCUCCUGGCCAUGUUUGGGGGUUUGAGACAAACUGUCAUUUGGAAAUUGGAAGAAACACCGGAAAAUGUGCCUAAUAAUGUCCACAUUGAAAGCUUUGCACCACAGCAGAGCAUUUUAGCUCACCCAAACUGCAUCCUGUUUAUCACUCACGGCGGACUAUUAUCCACCACCGAAGCCAUUCAUUUCGGCGUCCCUAUCCUCGGCGUUCCCGCCUUCGCAGACCAGUUCCAAAACGUUAAUCGUGCCGUCCAGAAAGGCUUCGCAUCACAAGUUCCGCUGAGCUACGAUCUUCCACGAGUAUUAAAAGUGGCGAUUGAAGAGAUGAUUGGAAAUCCCAAGUACCGACAGAAAGUGAAAGAGUUAUCCUUCAUCUACCACGACCGGCGCGCUCCCGGCUCGGAGCUGGUGCACUGGGUGGAGCACGUGGUGCGCACGCGCGGCGCGCCGCAUCUGCGCUCUCCUGCGCUCCUGGUGCCCUUGUACCAGAAGAUGUACCUCGAUCUGUUGGCCCUGGUGUUUGUACUUGUUUUGUUGAGUAUUUUUGUUAUAAGAAGGUUAAUGUCGAAGAAGAUUGAUGUGAAUAAAAAGAAUAUAUGAU